AGGUUUGUGAAAGGUGUGGUAUUAUUAUGGCGACCCCACAACCGACUGAUGAUGAGAUUCUGGCCCAACUGGCUGCUAUAAGGGAGGAGGAAUGUGCGUCCCUACCUCUAAUAUCAUCACCAAUCAGCGUAGUGGAUUUCACCGAAAAGAUCAGGAGUAGUGGUGCUCCUACCUCUUUCAUUGUGAAACUGGAGUCUCUGCCGAAGGAGAGCAAAAUAAGGCGAAUACGGCCAGAUGGGAAUUGCUUCUAUAGAGCAUAUGCUUGUGGGAUCCUGCAGAUCAUCAAGGACCACGGACAACAAACACUGCCUGACAACACAACACUGUCGGCUAGGUUCCGGACAUUAGUCUCGAAAGAAGGUCUACAAUGUUGCGAGGCGGCCGGCUACCCGAAAUUCACCGUGGAGGACUUCAUGGAAGCUUUCUUGGAGGAGAUUGACAAACUUGAUGACACUGGAACUACGGCAGCUGGCGAAAUCAGCAGUGACAACGACGCUUAUAUAGUCACCUUCUUGAGAUGCCUAUCGAGUUCCGUGCUGAAGCUCCACCGUGAGGAGUAUGCACCCUUCCUCAGUCCUGAGUACCCUACUAUUGACCAAUACUGUGCGACAGAGGUAGACCCUAUGUAUAGGGAGGCCGACCAGCUACCCAUCGUAGCACUAUCGCGGUUCCUCCAGUUCCCCGUGGAAAUAGUUUACAUCGAUCAAUCGCCAGAGACAACUCCAGCCAAGCACACCUUCCCUCCCACCAACCCCCUCAAUUUGCCAACAGUACGACUGCUAUACCGCCCUGGUCAUUACGAUCUACUUGUGUAAGCAACUGUCGUUUCC